UUCUGAUGGAAAUUGUCAAGUAAAUAAAACAAAAAUACUAACAAAAAACCAAUUUUUACAUAAUUUCGAGCUACAGAUUCAAGAAAAAUUAAGUUUAUUCAUGAAAAACAAUAUUUUGCUCAUAAAAAAUCAGAGUCAACAUUCUUUAAAUCCUUUGAUAAUUGUGUAAGUAUAAGGUUAACUCGGAAGUCGGAAGAACCAACCACCUUGGACUGAAAUCAACAAUGAUACACGUUUUUUGACCUCUUACCGUUACCGAGUCCACCUUAUAUGGGAUAAAGCAGUUUAAGUUUAAUUUCGGAGUCAGUUUACAUUGUGAUUGCAAUAUGAGUGAACGCGAGAAUCCUAGUGGCUCGGACAAUCAAGAUGAAGACAAAAGUGAAAGAAAGACGAGUUCCUCACAACCCAUACCAACUGGGUCUAGAGGACCUAGCUAUUUCGCUAGUGAACCCCUGCAGUUUCGAGUGCGAGGCUCAACCAUAACUGGUGCAUCUCCGCCCAAGUUCGUCAGCUUCGAGGACAUCAUGAAAGCAGCCCAUGGUAUGCAGAACAUGGCCCUCGCUCAUGAAAUAGCAGUCGACCAGGACUUUAAGCUGGAGCCAUUUGAGCCACCAGAUAAUAGCUAUCAGAAAAUAGUAAAAGAAACAAUGCACAGAGCAUACUUUGAUAUACUGAGAGAGCAACUCAACUCCGACCCUCCGGAAUACAAGCAAGCCUUAGUGCUACUAGAGGAUGUAAAACAAGGCCUGUUCUCCAUCCUCCUGCCCCGUCACACGCGGAUCAAGCAGAUGAUAGAGGAGGUGCUGGACACGGACUUCAUCAAGCAGCAAGCGGAGAACAACAGCCUGGACUUCCAGAAGUAUGCCAAGUUCGUGCUCGACCUGAUGGCUAAACUAGCGGCUCCGGCUCGGGAUGAGAUGAUACAUAACAUCACGACUAUGACUGACACGGUGGAGAUAUUCCGCGCGAUCCUGGAGGCGCUGGAGGUGCUGAAGCUGGACCUGGCGAACACGCUGAUCGCACUGCUGCGCCCGCACGUGCAGAAGGACAGCGUCGCCUACGAGAAGGCCAAGUUCGACGAGAUGCUCACUAUCUCUGAAGACGGUCUCCAACACACCCGGGAGUGGUUGUGGCGUCACGUGGACACGAGCGAGCUGACCCUGCCCGUCAGCGACCCCAACGUCAUCAGGAACGUCACCGCGCAGACCCUGGCCAAGGCCUACCUCGAGCUACUAGAGUGGGACGACUCUAAUCAAUAUCCUGAGACGGCGGUGCUAGACCGCGGGCGGUUCACGGAGCUGGGCGCGCAGGUGUACCGACUGGUGGCGGUGGGCGCGCUGCUGCUGGUGAGCCCCACCGCCGCCGCGGACCCCAUACCGCACCGCGACAACCUGCGCGACCGCAUUACCAUCAUCAUUGAUAAUAUCUCUAAUGAUAGGGAGCUAGAAGCGGUAUUACCGGCCGUGGCGGAUGAGGUGGUGCACCUGACGGAGCAGCUGCUGGCGCGCGUGGGGCAGCCGCCGCUCGCCGCCGACACCGCCCACCUCGUGCGCACGCAGAUCGCCGCGCUCGCCGACCCCGACAACCGCGUGCGCCAGCUCGUGCGUACCCGCGUGCUGGAGUUCCUCAAGAUGGUGCUAGUGUGUGGGGGCGGGGCGCGCGCCGUGCCGGCCGGCCUGUCCGGCGUGACGUCACAGCUCACGGCCGCGGCGGGCGCGCUGCUGCGCUGCGUCAUGCACAACAAGGCGGUGUUCACUCACCACUACAUGGAUCUAGUCGCUGAGAGACUGGCUAAGAGUAGCUAGUGAUGGGAAAUCAGGAUCUCUUUAACGUAAGGGUCAAUUCAGAUCGCAACGCGACGCGUAGA